CUGUCUCCUGAAAAACAAAAGGCGUUAAUUAAUGAAGUUGACAAGAUGCUGCGAUGGAACGUCAUUGAACAAUGCGAAAGUCCUUGGUUAUCUCCAGUUCUCAUCACUCCGAAGAAGAAUGGUGAAUGGCGUUUCUGCGUAGACAGCAGGAAGCUUAACUCAGUUACACGUCGUGAUGCCUAUAGUCUGCCACUAAUAAGCGAAAUUUUGGACAACUUGAGGAAUGCCAAAUACUUAUCAAGCAUCGACAUUGCGAAAGCAUUUUGGGAGAUUCCCUUAAAUCCUGCCGAUAAGGAUAAAACUGCAUUUUAUGUACCUGGAAGAGGUAUGUUUAGAUUUAAGGUAAUGCCUUUUGGUCUUUCUAACUCACCUGCAACUCUACAAAGAUUAAUGGAUAUGCUUUUUACCCCUGAAUUUGAGAACAAGGUAUUUUGCUAUCUAGACGACAUCGUUAUCAUUAGCGAGACUUUUGAUGAACACAUAUCACUCCUCAUGAAAGUUCAUGAAAAACUUUCAUAUGCUAAUCUGACUAUUAACUUUGAGAAGAGUCAAUUCUUCAGGAAAGAACUGAAAUACCUUGGUUUUCUAGUGGACGAGUACGGUCUACGUGCUGAUCCAGAUAAAAUAAAAGCUAUAUUAGAAUAUCCUGUACCUACUUGUAGAAAAGAAGUGCGAAGAUUCAUAGGCACCUGCAGCUGGUUCAGAAGAUUCAUUCCAAACUUUAGCACUAUUGCCUCUCCACUCAAUCAACUAACCUGUUCAUGGAAGAACGCUCCUAAAUUUCUUUGGAAUUCUCAAGCUGCAGCUGCUUUCCAGAAACUUAAAGAAGCUUUGGUAACUGCUCCUGUCCUUGCUUGUCCUAACUUCGAACUACCCUUCUCUGUACAUUGUGAUGCAUCAAACUAUGGUAUAGGAGCAAUGCUUACUCAACAUCAAGAUGACAAAGAAGUCGUGAUUGCUUACAUGAGUAAAGCACUAAACAAAAAUCAACAGAACUACUCAACUACUGAAAGAGAAACAUUGGCUGUAAUAACUGCGUUAGAACAUUGGCGAUGUUACCUAGACAAUGGUAAAGAAUUUACAAUAUAUACUGACCAUGCUGCACUUAAAUGGUUUCAGAACUUAUCGAAUCCAUCAGGAAGACUUGCUCGCUGGACUUUACGCUUAUCUUGCUUUAACUUUGUCCUGAAACAUAAAAAGGAAAGGAUAACGGAUAACAAACUUUACCGCUGCAUCCAUUCUCCCGAUCGUCUAAACGAUGACUUUAUUUGGAAAGAAGUUCCACUACCUCAAGAUAGACAUGCAAUUAUUGAAGUUAACCAUGGUUCCCCUUCAGAACUCCAUCUUGGUAUCUUCAAGACAUUCAAGAAAAUAUCUUUAAAAUACUAUUGGCCUGGUAUGUUUAAGGAUAUUGCCAAUUUAAUCUCAACUUGUGAAACCUGCUUAACCUACAAACACCCUAAUCAUUCUCCCUAUGGUCUUAUGGGUAAACCUAAACUUUGCUCCAGACCUUUUCAAACUAUAUCCUUAGAUCUUAUGGGUCCAUUACCUAUGACUCGAAGACGAAAUCAGUAUAUUCUAGUAAUUACCUGCAAUUUUACUAAAUUUACUAUGAUUUUUCCCCUUAAACGUGCUACUUCAGCUAAUAUUAUUAAUGUUUUGGAAAAUUCAGUUUUUCUAGUUCAUGGCAUUCCCCAAACUAUUAUAAUGGACAAUGCUGUUCAAUUUCAGUCGCGAGAAUUCCACUCAUUCUUAAAUUCUUAUAACGUUCCUUUUAUUUUUCACACAGCUUUAUAUUGUCCUCAGGUUAAUCCUACGGAGAAGUUUAAUAGUACAAUUAUUACAGCUCUAGCAUCUCUAGUAGGAGACGAUCAUAGAUCAUGGGACAACCAUCUUACUAAGAUUCAGUACGUAAUGAACAGCGCUACAAAUGUAGCUACUAGCUUUACUCCAAACUUUUUAGUCUUUGGUAGGGAAACAAUACCUUGUGGUUCCUUCUAUACUCCAACUCAGAACCUCGAGGAAUUAAUAUUUAUGCCUCGUGAUAUUUACGCGUCUGAUGCUGGUCUCCUCUCAUCUAUCUUUCACAAAGUUCAAACUAAACUUCACAUAGCGCACGCUAAAAAUAGCGCUCGCUAUGAUCUUCGCCGGGUUUUUAAAGAAUUUAAUGUGGGAGAUACUGUUUGGCGUAAAAAUCAUGUUUUAAGCAAUGCCGGCGCAUACUUUAAUGCUAAACUUGCCCCUAAGUUCAUCAAGUGCAAAGUGAUAGCUAAACUGUCACCACUAGUCUAUGUACUUGAAGACCCUAAUGGAGUUAGAGGCAAGUGGCACAUCAAAGAUGUAAAAUCAUAA